GAUCAUUUAGCUGAAUUAAAACUUGAUGAGGCUUACUAGCCAAAUUUUCUCAUUUUGUGAAACUCUGAUGUAAGACUUGUGACGUAUGUUAAGGGGGGAAAGGAAGCUGGAAAGAAAUAUCAGUGUCAGAGAAACUACCGACCACAUUCGAUAUUGCCGAACCCAAACAAACAAACAAACAAACAUUAGUACUACUACCUAACCGCGUAUACAACUUGCACAUACUAUUUUCCUUCAGUCACACGGGCAUUUCCAUUGACUUAAAAGUCCUCAAAGCUCUCGAAACUUUACUCUCUGAAUUUUCCCUUGUUGUCUGUCUCUUGUUUUCAUUCUUAGUAGCACAAAUUGUCAAAAGUCUCAAUUGGAUCAUUAUCCUCUCUGUCUCUGCACAAGCUGCUAUCACUUUCGUUAACAUCUCUCAAUUGGGUCAUCAUUUUCUUGGACCAUUUCCAAUGACAAAUCCACAGCCCCGUUAUUCUUUCCACGUUUUCUUGAGCUUCAGAGGCGAAGAUACCCGAAGAAACUUCACAGAUCAUCUCUACACAGCUCUCAUCAACGCCGGAAUUCGAACUUUCCGAGACGAUGAUGAAAUCCGGAGGGGAGAAAACAUUGAAUCUGAACUGCAAAAGGGUAUUCGGGAAUCCAAGAUUUCUCUCAUAGUCUUCUCCAAAGACUACGCUUCUUCAAGAUGGUGUCUUGAUGAGCUUCUCAACAUUCUUGAUCGAAGGAAGAAAGAGGGUCAUACCGUUUUGCCUGUUUUUUACACUGUCAGCCCUGAGGAUGUUGAGAACCAGACGGGGAGUUUUGCUGAAGCUUUUGUGAAUCAUGAAAAGAGAGGAAAUGCACAGACCGAGACUGGAGAUAAAAGAAGGGAAUGGAUGGAGAAGAUGGAGAAAUGGAGAGUAGCACUGAAAGAAGUUGCUGGUUUGGAAGGGAUGUGUUUAGCUAAAGAAGCAGACGGGCACGAGGCAAAGUUCAUACAAAAGAUCAUCAAGGAGAUACUCAAAAGAUUGAAUCGCACAGUACUUAGUGUACCUUCAUACACAGUUGGGUUAGAGUCUCGAGUGAAGGACAUUAACUCAUGGUUACAGGAUGAAUCCAGUGAAGUUGGCAUUGGGGUGAUCUGUGGACUUGGUGGCGUUGGAAAGACUACUUUUGCUAAAGUAGCUUACAACUCUAACUAUGACAGAUUUGAGGGCAGUUGCUUUCUUGCUAAUGUCAGAGAAAUCUUAGAGAAACAUCCAAAUGGUCAGGUUUAUUUGCAAAAACAAAUUUUUGAAAGUAUUUUGAAAGGCAGAAAGGAAAAAAUAUACAAUGCUGAUGAAGGAAUUGUCAAAAUUAAAGAUGCUAUUGGCAACAAAAAGGUUUUUAUUGUAUUUGAUGAUGUGGAUCAGCUGCAUGUCUUAGAUUCACUUAUUGGGACAAGGGAUUGGUUUUAUCCAGGGAGUAAGAUUCUCAUAACGACAAGGUGUGAGAAAUUGUUGAAGGCCCAUGAGAGGCACAUGCUAUUCAAGAUUAAGGAACUUGGGGAUGAUGAAUCCCUAAAACUCUUCAGUUGGUAUGCCUUUGCACAAGACCACCCUUUAGAAGAGUUUGAGGAGCUCUCAACAGAGGCAAUACAGCAUUGUGGUGGGCUUCCGUUAGCCCUUUAUGAUUUGGGUUCUUUUCUUUCACGGAGAGAUAUGGAAAUAUGGAGAAGUAAACUGCAGAAAUUGGAAGCAAUCCCUCAUAGCAAAGUUCAAAAGAAUCUUGAGAUAAGCUACAAGUCUCUAGAUGAUCAUGACCAGAGGUUGUUCCUCCUUAUUGCUUCGUUUUUUGUUGGGAAGGACAGAGAUUAUGUUAUCAAAAUUUUAGAGAACUGUGAUUUGCACCCAAUGGUUGGAAUUCAGAACCUCAUUGACAGAUCCCUCAUCAGCAUUGAUGACGAAAACAAAGUGAUGAUGCCUCCACUUAUUCAGGAUAUGGGGAAAGAAAUUAUUCGUCGAGAAUCACCAGAUGAUCCCGAGAGAUUGUGUAACUUGUUGAACCAAUGGGGUCUAUCAAAUUACUUGACCGAAAACAAUGAGAGUGAUGCAGAUGGAGGAGACCUCCCAAGUGCACAUCUGCCGGAAGAUGGUCUUGUACCAGCAGUUGGUCCUAAUGUUGCAAAAAGACCAUAUUAUCAAGAUUUUCCAGAAAUAGCCAUUCUGCCAUACCUCGGUCAUUCAUUGAAAAGGCGCUUUGUAGGACUUCUUUCGACGUUCCCAAUAUCUGGUGGCUUCAAAAGAUUCUUCCCAAGAUUAUGUUAUCACAUCUUAGAGGACCGCGAUUUGCACCCAACGGUUGGAAAUCAGAACCUCAUUGACAGAUCCCUCAUCAGCAUUGAUGACGAAAACAAAGUGAUGAUGCCUCCACUUAUUCAGGACAUGGGGAAAGAAAUUGUUCGUCGAGAAUCACCGGAUGAUCCCGAGAGAUUGUGUAACUUGUUGAACCAAUGGGGUCUGUCAAAUUACUUGACCGAAAACAAUGAGAGUGAUGCAGAUGGAGGAGAACUCCCAAGUGCACAUCUGCCGGAAGAUGGUCUUGUUCCAGCAGUUGGUCCUAAUGUUGCAAAAAGACCAUAUUAUCAAGGUUUUCCAGAAAUAGCCAUUCUGCCAUACCUCGGUCAUUCGUUGAAAAGGCGCUUUGUAGGACUUCUUUCGACGUUCCCAAUAUCUGAAACAAUGCAUGUACCUUCUUACUUCUUAGACAGCCUGCAGAUUCAAAAUCACCUAUUUAUCUCUUCAAGGCUUCUAAAAAAUUGUUUCUCAAAGAAGAGUCUUUUAUCAGUGAUUGAUCAAAACAACAGCAAAAGAAAAAUGUCUCAGUUUGCUUAUCAUGCAUUUCUGAGUCUAGCAACAAAGAUAGACAAGUCCUUUGGAAAUCAUCUUCAUUCAGCUUUAUCAAAUGCUGGUAUUCGCGCAUUCAGUGUUAAUGAACUUGAUAUAGAUGAAAAAGGGUGCAAAGAAUUGCAGAAAACAAUUCAAGAUUCAAGAGUUCUCAUUGUUGUCUUCUCAGAAGACUAUCCCUCUUCAGAGAGGUGCCUUGAUGAACUUGUGUUUAUAGUUGAGAGCAAGAGAGCUUUUGGACGUUUUGUUCUACCUGUGUUUUAUGAUGUGGAUCCAUCAGAAGUUAGGAAACAAAAAGGGUGUUUUGAACAAGCUUUUUUAAUGUAUGAAGAGAGAUAUAAAUCCGGUAUCGAAGUAAGGAGACUGGAAUGGUUGCAGAAAGUGAAGGAAUGGAAGGCUGCUCUAACAGAAGUUGCUGAUUUGGGAGGAAUGGUUUUACAGAAUCAAUCUGAUGGGUGUGAGUCAAGGUUUAUUCUAGAGCUUGUGAAGGUGGUUGCAGGAAAACUAAAUCGUGCAGUUUUGAGUGUUGCUGUCCACCCCGUUGGAAUAGAUUCUCGAGUUAAAGACAUAAAUCUCUGGUUGCAGGAUGGAUCAACAAGCGUUGAUAUUAUGGCUGUAUAUGGUAUGGGGGGAAUAGGUAAAUCUACACUUGCCAAAACUGCUUACAAUCUUAACUUUGACAAAUUUGAUGGCAGCAGCUUUCUUGCUGAUGUGAGCAAAACUUCCGAAAGACAUGAUGGUCUGGUAAGUCUACAAAGACAACUUCUUUCAAAUGUUCUAGGGAAGAAGGUUGAAAAGAUAUACAAUGUCGACGAAGGAGUCAUCAAGAUUCAAGAGGCCAUCCAGUGCAGAAGAAUUCUUCUUGUUCUCGAUGAUGUGGAUGAUAGAGAUCAGUUAAAUGCUGUUCUUGGGAUGCGAGAAUGGUUUUAUCCAGGUAGUAAAAUAAUCAUAACAACAAGAAAUCAGCACCUGUUUGAUGCUAGUGAGGUCUGCAGUUGUAAGAUGUAUAAGGUCACGCCAUUGAAUGCUCAAGAAUCGAUUCGACUCUUCAGCUGGCAUGCUUUCGGAAAAGAAAAACCUUCAGAAGAUCACGAGGACCUUUCAGAAAAGGUGAUACUUCAUUGUAAAGGGAAUCCCUUGGCUCUCAAAGUCUUAGGUUCUUCUCUUUGUGACAAAAGUAUAGAGGUGUGGGAGAGUGCAUUAAGGAAAUUAAAGGCAAUCCCUGACAAUAAGAUCCUGGAAAAACUCAGAAUCAGCUACGAUUUGCUGCUGGAUGAUGAUAUACAAAAACUAUUCCUCGAUAUUGUUUGUUUCUUUGUUGGAAAGGACAAAAAUUAUGUAAUUACCAUACUCGAUGGAUGUGGUUUUUUCUCAGUCAUAGGAAUUCAGAUUCUUUCUGAUAGAUGUUUGAUCGAGAUGGAGGACAGAUUGAAAGUGCAUUCACUGAUUCAAGAUAUGGGAAGAGAAAUUAUCCGCCAAGAAUCCCCUUGGGAGCCUUGGAAAAGAAGCAGAGUUUGGCGAUACAGAGAUUCCGUCAAUGUAUUGAGUGCAAAAACAGGAACUGAAAAAAUUGAAGGCCUAGUUCUUGAUAAGGGAAUGUCCAACAAAUUGUCCAAAGUAGUCAAAUCUUUCAGAUCAUUUUUCUUCAGUGAAGAUGCUGAUCUGUUAGGUCAUGGAUAUCCAAGAAAAAGCCGUAAGCAUUUUGAUGAUGCCAAUGAAGAAGGUUCAAACGGUAUAGAAUUCGAAGCUGAUACAUUUUCGAAAAUGCAGAGGCUGAGGAUACUCCAGCUUAGUUAUGUAAGAUUAACUGGAUUCUAUAGUUUGCUUCCAAAAAGUCUAAGAUUACUCUGUUGGUCUGGAUUUCACAUGAAGAUCAUCCCUGACGAUCUCCCUCUAGAGAGCCUGGUUUCCCUUGAAAUGAAAAAAAGUUACUUGGAAAAAGCCUGGGAGGGAAUCAAGAUUCUCAAAUCAUUAAAGAUCCUCAACUUUAGUCAUUCCCAUUUUCUAAAAACAACUCCUGAUUUUUCUGGACUUCCGCACCUGAAAACUUUGAUCCUGAAAGACUGCAUCAAGUUGGCCAAGAUUCACGAAUCAAUUGGAUGCCUUGACGGACUUGUCUAUCUGAACUUGAGAGACUGCAAGAAUCUAAGGAAGCUCCCUGGAAGCUUUUGUAUGCUCAAAUCCUUAGAAAAACUUAUUAUCUCUGGAUGUUCUAGACUAGUUACGACAGCCAUAGAGCUAGGCAAGCUAGAAUCUUUGAUAAUCCUGCAGGCUGAUGGAAUGAAUUUUGGUCAGCUAGCCCCGGUUGGUGGUAAUGAGAAUUCUUGGAGGGCCCUCUGGAAAAAUUGGUCAUCAAAGUUGAGAAGAUCCCCAGGCUCUAACCAGUUUUCAUUCUCUUCCUUAUCAAUUUCGCUCGUCAGAUUAAGUCUUGCUAAAUGCAACUUAACAGAUGACGUUCUAUCCUUUGGCCUCAGCAACCUUCCUUCAUUAUGCUUCUUGAAUCUAAGUGAAAACUUGAUUUAUAACUUGCCUCAGAGUAUCAAAAAUCUUGGUAUGCUCCGUGACCUUUGGUUAGAUGGAUGUCUGAGACUCAAAUCUCUGCCAGAGCUUCCGCCAAGCCUUGUUACGCUGAAGGCAGUUAGAUGCGCAUCACUGGAAACAGUUACAAAUCUACCAAACCUAAUGACAACUCUCUUUUUAGAUGUCAUGGAAAGUGAGAGCUUAAGCGAGAUUUCAGGAAUUUUCAAACUAAAGCCCAUUGAUAGUUUUGAAGUGGAAAUAUUGAAUACUCUAGGCCUUCUUCUUAACCUAGAUGACAACACGCCAGAUACAGUGGUUGAAAUAUUUAAUAGGUUCACUAGCACAAAAAGGAUAUAUUCAGUACAGCAGGGACUCUAUGAAUUUGGCAUCUUCAGUACUUAUUUUCCAGGAAAUGAGGUUCCAAGCUGGUUCAGUCACAAAAGUGAACGGAGGUUGCUGACAUUGAAUGUGGAUUCACUUCCUAAUAUCAAGAUAACAGGACUGCUCAUUUGCAUCAUCUAUGCACGUUCUAGUCCUCGUAUAUUUCGCUUUUUUGGUGACAGUAAAUAUGGGGGUACGCAUACAAUUGAUAUCAAUGUCCAAAACAUUACAAAGGGUCUUAAUUGGAUUUAUGCCCCAUCAUUCAUUGGCAUUCCAGGAGAGAACAACAAGUUGACGUUUUUAUGCCACUGGAAGUUUGGCAAGUAUUUACAAGCUGGUGAUCACAUUAAUGUUUCUUUGCCUUGUUGGAGUAAAACUUUCAAGAUGAAAGAGUUUGGAGUUGCACUUGCAUAUGACAAGCCAGAACCGGACCAGUCUUCAGCAUCUCCUAGUGAAGCAAGAGUGCUUGCAACGCGACAUACUCCAAUUAGUCAUGAUUAUCAAUUCAAAGAAAGUGUCAUGGAAGGCUUUAUGCCUUCAUAUCAGUUGGCGGUUAAUCAUUACUACCUUUCUCACCCUGACUACUAUGUGUUCCACGACAAUGCAGAUUUUGUUGUGAGGUCAAUCUUGAAGGAGAAAUUGUUUGAGGAUUAUUAUGUGCAGAUUGCAGGUUCAGGGGCCGGGGAAGAAGAAGAGGAUGAUGAUGAUAGCAUCUUUGAUUCCAAUGAUGAUGAAGACGACGAGGCUACACUGGCAGAGAUAGAGGAGCUGUUAGAAAGAUCUUGGUGAAAGAAAUGGAACAAUGCUGCAGCAGUGAUUACACAUUGACGAGCUAAAACGAUUUGUUAUACUUGGAGGUGAAAGACAUACGCAUUGGUUGUCUUCCUUGGUGCCUUCGAUUAUUUAUAGUCACGCAAAUGGUCAAAGAAUGUUUCACAUCUCAAAUUUCAAAAAUAUUGUCUUGUAAAGUACUUCCUCAGUUAUCAAAUAAAUGGUGUUUUUAGCUUCGACA